AUGUCAAAUCGUCGGGUAAAGUCUUUGGCCCUGGAUGAAGAUGAUUACGAGGAUUACGAGGACUAUGACGACGACUAUGGAGAUGGUGGCGGUGACAACGAGCUUUCUGCAGAGGACAAGGAACAAAUGCAGCAAGGAACCAGCAAAGUGCGUGCGGCUUUAGGGCCAGCGUUUCCUGCUACAGACAGUGAAAUUCAAGAGGCGCUGUGGCACUAUUAUUAUGACGUUGGAAAAUCUGUCGCCUACCUGAGAAACAAACAGAAACCUGCCCUUGCCUCUAUAAAGAAACAGACGAAUGGCUCAAAGAGUAAGCUUGCUCUUCUAUGUUCCUCGCCUGCAUCCCUUUCACGUCAUCUCGCCACAAUCGCCACUUGCUCCAACCCAUUUUCUGCGGCGGAUUUCUUCAAGGAUAGUCCAUGGUUGCAGAUUCCUGAGCAUCGGAGGGCACAGAUCAUCAUCACUCCGCUCUAUCCCCGCUUCCGUCUUCUGGGCGGUGCGUCAAACAACGGCAAGACAUCCAAACUAGCGGCUCUUGCCGCUAAGCGAAGGCAGAAAGAGAGCGAGAGACUCGACGCUCAAACCACAGACGAUACUGGAUCACAGCAGGACUACCUCUCCAGCUUGAAUAAAUUGCGGAUCAGCCAGCCAUCAAGAGUGAAGUCCGAAUCAUCAGAUGCGUCAGCCUCCCCGCUAGCAGAAUCUCAGCUUCAAUCACAAAAGAAUGAUCACAGGCACGGCGAUUCCGUGCAAAUAGAUAGCAAGCACAAAUCUUCGCAGGGAGCGCCAGACGCCUCGCUUGAGGUCGACCAGCGUCUUCGAGCCGGUCCCUCGGCAUUUGCCAGUAUCAUGACCAGCCGCGACGCUGACACAUAUCUUCCAUCAUCAAGCGACCUUUUCUCCAUUGGAGUAAAUGCUAAAUCUUUCAACUUUGCAGAGCCGAGUCCGGACGAUAUUGUGACCAAGGCACAGACUGGAAAAGCCACGACACCGGCCACUUCUAAAGCCAAGGAUACAAACCGAGCAAAGUCAGGUUUAGCUGGUGGCGUGCAUGAGCUAUCCGUCCAAGAUGCUCCCAAAAUCAAGAGUAAAAACAUCGAUGUGCUUGCAGAAUACCGGAAAAAUGAACGAAAAAAUGCGGCAAAUUUUGUAGUCAUCGGCCAUGUCGAUGCAGGAAAAAGCACUCUCAUGGGAAGGCUACUUUUUGACUUGAAAGCGGUCGAUCAAAGAACCCUAGACAAGUAUCGACAAGAAGCAGAACGUAUCGGCAAAGGUUCCUUUGCCUUCGCCUGGGUCUUAGAUCAAGGCUCGGAAGAGAGGGCUAGAGGCGUGACUAUCGACAUAGCCACCAACAAGUUCGAGACCGACAAGACCUGCUUUACUAUCCUGGAUGCCCCCGGUCACCGGGACUUUGUGCCGAACAUGAUUGCAGGAGCUAGUCAGGCAGACUUUGCGGUCCUCGUCAUCGACGCCUCGACAGGGAAUUUUGAGUCUGGGUUGAAGGGACAGACCAAAGAACACGCUCUCCUAGUACGAUCCAUUGGCGUCCAGCGAAUAAUAGUGGCCGUGAACAAGAUGGAUGUUGCGGAAUGGUCCGAAGAACGAUUCAACGAAAUCCGUCAACAGAUGGCCGCAUUCCUGAGCAGCGCGGGGUUUCAGGCAAAGAACGUAGCAUUCGUCCCUUGCUCUGGCCUCGGAGGUGAGAACAUUCUGACUAGACCCUCAGAUCCGAGGUCGUCAUGGUAUGCCGGCUCGACGUUGGUUGAGGAGCUGGACAAGGCGGAGCCAUCAACCCACGCCCUAGACAAACCUUUGCGGAUGACUAUUAACGAUGUUUUCAGAGGUGGCGUGCAAAAUCCCCUGUCUGUGUCAGGGCGAUUGGACACGGGCACUAUUCAGGUUGGGGAACAAGUGAUUAUCAUGCCAAGUGGUGAAAAGGCCCAGAUUCGGAGCUUGGAGGUCGACGAUGAACCCCGAGAGUGGGCAGUGGCAGGACAGAAUGUGGUCCUCAAUCUGACCGACAUUGACCCCAUACACCUGAAAUCAGGAGAUGUUCUCUGCAGCCCCCUAUCGCCCAUCCAGAACAUCGGUGAGUUCAAAGCGAAGAUACUUGCAUUCGAUCACUUGACUCCAAUGAACGUCGAUGUGCACAAAGGACGCUUGCAUGUACCCGGUCGAAUCAGUCAGCUCGUCGGUGUCUUGGACAAAUCAUCAGGCACAAUCACGAAGAAAAAGCCCAAAAUUGUCCAACCAGGAUGUGUUGUGCGAGUCACUGUGCAGCUAGACCAGGUUGUGCCGUUGGAAUCGCCUUCAAGGAUUGUUCUCAGAGCAAAUGGCGAAACUGUCGGUGCGGGCCUAAUCGAAUAG